UCGCCUGUGAGCAAGUGUGCAAGGGAAGGGCGGUUUGGGAUUCGUGGGACUAUAAUAAUAAUAUGCCGAUAAAUUUAUUCGAUCAUGAGCUGUUUUCACCUUUUAAAUCGAUUGAUUUUGACCAAGGAUUGAUCAUGAAGCUCACGACGAUUGAGCUGAUGAUCUAAGAGAGAGAGACCUGCUUUCAUUCGUCUGCAAAAAAAAAAAAAAUCCCAAGAAAGAUGAGUGUUUCUCUGAGUGUGAUGACAUUCAAUCUUCACGACGAUCAACCUGAAGAAAGCCCGAAUUCAUGGCAGAAAAGGAGGGAUUUGUGUCUCAGUGUCAUCAACAGUUACUCCCCCAUCAUUCUUUGCACUCAACAAGGUGUGAAGUCACAGUUGGAUUUUCUUCAGCAGGGCUUGCCAGCUUACGAUCAGUUCGGUAUAUCAAGAAAAGGACCCCAGGAUGCUAGUGAUGAAUGCUGCACAAUAUUCUACAACAAGGAAAAAGUAGAGCUGCUAGAGGGUGGAACGUUUUGGUUAUCAGAGUCACCCUCGGUUCCUGGAAGCACGGCAUGGGGUUCCACAGUUCCUUGUAUUGCAACGUGGGCGACAUUUCAACUGAAAGGAGUGGAGCCACCGGGUUUUUCGUUUCAGAUAGUUAACACAAACUUGGAUGAGUUCAGCCCUCGUGCUCGUAGGCGAAGUGCUUUACUCACAUGGCAGCACAUCGCAUCUCUACCUCCCACCUUACCAGUUGUCUAUUGUGGAGGAUUCAACACCCAAAAGGAAUCAACCUCUGGUCGUUUCCUCUUGGGCAGGUCCAGCAGAGAGCAUGGUGUGGUGGGAGACAUGAGAGAUGCAUGGCCUAGCGCUCGAGUGAGGAAAAACGUCUCUCUUAUAAGAACAUAUCACGGAUUCAAAGGUGACAAGCAGGGAACGGUCGAGUUCUUGAAGUUGAUAUUCAGAGCAUUAUGCCUCUGCUGGGACAGACAAACUCAGGAUCUACACACGGAUUGGAUUCUUUACAGAGGCAGAUCUCUAGUUCCAGUGAUGUGCGAAGUGGUGAACGACAAGAUUGACGGGUUGUAUCCUUCUUCUCACUACCCUGUCUUCACCGAGUUUAUGCUUCCUCGGUCUGUAAGAAUGCUUGAACCUUCCAUUGCUGCUCAAGCUUAAAAGGGUCAGAAACUUGUUGUGUGUGUUCCUUUUUUAGACCACUCUCCAUGUUGUGUGUGUUCCUGUUGUAGAGAUGUGUCUCCAAUGUCUUAUGGAUCUUAUCAUGUCUAAAGCUUUUGUAUCAGAUUCAUUCUUUCUUCAAUCAAUGCAAUGAUCUAAUGGUGUAGAGACAUUGGACUUUUA